GUAAAGGUCUACCCUCAGCUUUCUUACUUGAGCUUCCAGCCCAUCUCCAUAAACUUCUUUUAGCAUCGCCUCGGUGAUGCACCCAUAUGAAUUACCCAUGCACUAAUAUCACACGACACACCUUGUGAUUUCCAGCGCUCAGGUCAUGCCCCUUCCUCUACCUCCAUCAUCAUGGCCCCCAUCAUCCGACCAGCCACAAAAGCUGACCUGUCUGCCCUCUCCAACAUUUGCUUGCUCACCGCAAAUGCGGGCACAUCAUCCGAGCACUUGCAUUCCCAUCCUGCCCUCCCAGGCCUUAUCUACGCUCUUCCCUACCUCAGCCUUGAAUCAACGUGGGGCUUUGUCCUUGACAACGACGGAGAAGUCGUAGGGUACACUCUCGGCGCCUUCGACACCCGCAAAUUCGAGGAGAGUGCAGAAGCGGGCUGGUGGCCCUCGCUCAGAACCCGUUAUGCACCCCUGCUGCAAGACUCUGACGCAGCCCUCACGCCUGCAGAUAAAGUUUAUAUCAACACCAUAAUCACCUUCCCAAGAGCAAGCGAUGCAAUGAUGGCGUUCGCACCUGCCCAUCUGCACAUCGACAUUCUGCCAAGCCAUCAACGGCAGGGAUGGGGGCGGAAGUUGAUCGCACGCGCGAUGGAGAAUUUAAAAGAAAAUGAUGUAAAGAGCGUUUGGUUGGGCAUGGAUCCAAAGAAUACAGAGGCGGCUGCGUUUUAUUCCCGAUUGGGUUUCAGGAAGUUUGAGGGCGCAGAGGAGGGCAUUAUGGGUAUCACAGUGCAUGAGUGGGAGGAGCAUGCUGUUUAAAGUUCAACUGCGAAUACAUGACGGUUCUUGAUGACGCUGAUACUGGGCCU